UUUUUUUUCUCUCUCUCGCUCUGCGCUUUUUCCCUCACUCCUCCUUUCUUUCCUUUAGAAAACUAUAGAUCAAAUACAUUUUCUGAUCUACUACACUCCGAUCUCCCCCUGCAUUUACACUUUCACUAUUCUCCCGUACUUGCGAAAUGAAGCUUCGAUCGCGGAAAAGGAUCUCCAACCUCUCUGACAGUGAUGAGCACAGCGACCCUUCUGACAAACCCGAUGGUCCUAUUAUGUUGGCCUCUCUCUCAGACUCAGAAAUAUAUGUGCCUUCGUCCGACUCUGAUAUAGGGGAAGAUGAAAUUUUGGACUUAAAUCAUAAAACAAGGAAACCUUCUCGUAUCACCGUUUAUGAUUUUGUUGAGCCUUCAACAAACAGAGGCAACGAUGAGCAGGAAUUGCCUGAGCAAAAUGAAGUCAGUGGUGACUUUAAUGUGUCGAGCCCAAAGAAGAGAAAGAAUGCAAAAAGGAGAAAGAGAAAGAAGUCCGGGGAAGUGUUAAUGUGGGAAGUUUGGGAAGAAGAGCAUGAGAAAUGGGUUGACGAGAAUUUGACAGUAGAUGUUGAUCUUGAUCAACAGAAUGCAGUCAUAACCGAGACUUCUGAGGCAUCUUCCGACUUAAUUAUUCCUUUGUUGAGAUACCAAAAGGAAUGGUUGGCCUGGGCUCUGAAGCAGGAAGACUCCGAAAUCAAAGGGGGAAUCCUUGCAGAUGAGAUGGGAAUGGGGAAGACGCUUCAAGCAAUAGCCCUUGUCCUUGCCAAACGGCAAUUCCUCCAUGAAAUCGGCGAUCCCAAUGGUUCAUCAGUGACCUCAGGUUCGUCAACAGAUUUGCCCAGGAUCAGAUGCACCCUUGUUAUUUGUCCGGUUGUUGCUGUGAGUCAGUGGGUAAGUGAGAUUGAUCGGUUUACUUCUAGGGGAAGCACUAAGGUGUUGGUUUACCAUGGUGCCAACAGAGGGAAAAAUAUGAAACUGUUCUCAGAGUAUGAUUUUGUAAUAACAACUUAUUCUAUUGUUGAGUCCGAGUAUAGGAAAUUCAUGAUGCCGCCAAAGAGUAAAUGCCCAUUCUGUGGGAAGUCAUUUCAGGAAAAGAAGCUCUCUGUUCACUUAAAAUAUUUCUGUGGGCCUGAUGCUGUUAAAACAUUAAAGCAGUCUAAACAAGAGAGUAAGAAAUCGAAAUCUAUGCUUAAGUCAGGCAGAGAACAUGCUAGUAAUUAUGAUACUGAUUCGAGAAAGAAGGGUAGCAAGAAGAAAGCAAAGCAUAUUGAGGAAGACAAAGAUGUUGAAUAUGAGUUUAAUGGAACUUCUGCAGACAUAGAACAUAGCUUGCCUCAAGGAAAAGCACCUCUACAUUCUGUAAAGUGGGAGCGCGUCAUCUUGGAUGAGGCUCAUUUUGUGAAAGAUAGACGUUCUAAUACUGCAAAGGCUGUUCUUUCCUUGGAAUCCUUGUACAAAUGGGCUUUGAGUGGCACUCCUCUACAGAAUCGUGUUGGAGAACUAUACUCUUUGGUUCGUUUCUUGCAAAUAGUUCCAUACUCCUAUUACUUGUGCAAAGAUUGUGACUGCAGAAUUCUUGAUUACGGUACAUCAAGAGAAUGUUCAAACUGCCCCCAUAGUUCUGUGAGGCACUUUUGUUGGUGGAAUAAGUAUGUCGCUACACCAAUACAAAAUCAUGGAAAUGGUGAGAUUGGAAAAAGAGCUAUGAUAUUGCUAAAGCACAAAAUUUUGAAGAACAUUGUCUUAAGACGUACGAAGAAAGGCAGGGCCGCUGAUCUUGCCCUUCCUCCUAGAAUUAUCUCAUUAAGGCGGGACACCAUGGAUAUUAAAGAAACGGACUAUUAUGAAUCAUUGUACAGUGAAAGUCAGGCACAAUUUAACACAUAUGUUCAAGCAGGAACUGUAAUGAACAAUUAUGCUCACAUUUUUGACCUCCUCACACGCUUGCGGCAGGCUGUUGACCACCCUUACCUUGUGGUAUAUUCGAGUACUGCUGCACAAAGAGCUGGAAGCAUAGCAAACUGUGAUAGGAAUAAUGAUGAACAAGUAUGUGGCAUUUGCAAUGACCCUGCAGAAGAUCCAGUGGUUACCGCGUGUGAACAUGUCUUCUGCAAGGCUUGUCUGAUUGAUUUUUCUGCCUCCGUGGGACAUGUCUCAUGCCCCACUUGCUCAAGAUUACUUACUGUUGAUCUGACUACGAAUGCGGAUGCUGGAGGGCAAUCUUGUAGGACAACACUGAAGGGAUUUAAAUCCUCAAGUAUUCUAAACAGGAUACAAUUAAAUGAUUUUCAGACAAGCACGAAAAUAGAGGCUUUGAGGGAAGAAAUCAGAUUCAUGGUGGAAAGAGAUGGCUCUGCCAAAGGAAUAGUUUUUAGCCAAUUCACUAAUUUCUUGGAUCUCAUAAGAUACUCCCUCCAUAAGUCCGGCAUAAAUUGUGUUCAACUGAUAGGGAGCAUGACCUUGGGUGCACGAGACGCUGCAAUCAAAAGUUUUACUGAGGAUCCAGAUUGCAAGAUAUUUCUCGUGAGUUUAAAAGCUGGAGGGGUUGCCCUUAAUCUCACAGUUGCAUCACAUGUUUUCUUGAUGGACCCUUGGUGGAACCCAGCCGUGGAGCGCCAAGCACAAGAUAGAAUACACCGAAUAGGGCAAUGUAAACCGAUAAGGAUUGUCAGAUUUGUUAUUGAAAACACCAUAGAAGAGAGGAUAUUAAAGCUGCAAGAGAAGAAGGAAUUGGUAUUCGAAGGGACCGUGGGUGGCUCCACAGAGGCUCUAGGAAAAUUGACGGAGGCAGACAUGAGAUUUCUAUUUGUCACUUGAGAGCUGUGCUGGAGCUGGAUUGUCAUAAUAUUGUAAUGAAAUGUCCUAUUAACAAAAACGUAGAUCUUAGUAAAGAACAAGUACGCGUAUCAGAUCUCAACUCCCAGGAAAUCCGGAUUUUAUCCGAGUUUCAAACCAGCGUUCAACAAUGCGUGGU